UCGUGUGGUUUGCUUUUAGUUAUUGUUUUUUUAUGGUUGUGAGCUAAUUUGAUGUUUUGGAUUCGUGGUGUCAAUUGGGUCUUUGUGAUUAUUAUCUUUCAUCUUGGUAUUAAUUUUAUCUGCCUUAAAUGUGGAUUCGGAUGUUGUUAAUGGAGAGCAGCCUCUUCUUAUUCUUUCUGAGCUUAUGUAGUUCUUUGUGUAGUUUGAGAUUGAAUCAUGGGUCUGACAUCUGAGAGAGACAUGUCUAAGAACCGAUUGCAAGAGGAGGCUCAGAAAAGUCGUUUAAAAUUUCCCUCGUAUUUACACACCCGGGAAGGACCGGAUCAUGCCCCAGAAUUCAAAGCAACCGUCAAAUUCAAUGGAAAAAUUUACAAAAGUCCUACCUUUUACCCUACUCUUAGACAGGCAGAGAAUGCUGCAGCAGAAGUAGCAUUGAACAAAGGUACAAAAGGAGGGCAUAAGGCCGCAGUACUGGUGAGUAGCAAAAACCGUAGUGCAUACAUGUUUAAGAACCGAUUGCAAGAGAAGGCUCAGAAAAGUCGUUUAAAAUUUCCCUCCUAUUCACACACCCGGAAAGGACCGGAUCAUGCCCCACGAUUCAAAGCAACCGUCAACUUCGAUGGAAAAACUUUUGAAAGUCCAACCUUUUACCCUACUCUUAGAGAGGCAGAGAAUGCUGCAGCAGAAGUAGCAUUGAACACAGUUGAAAAAGGAGGGCAUCACCUAGCAUUGGCCGCAGUACUGGUGAGUAAAACAAAAACCGUAGUCUUUCUAACUUUGGAGGUCAUGUUUUGUUGUGGGUUUUGGUGGGCUGUGUUCAAUGUUAUCAUUUUGGGCCGUGGUCCAUAUAGAGGGUUCUAGAUAGUUUCCACACCCAUUUGCUAUUGCUGUAAGAGAUCAUGAAGAAUAUUGAAAUUUACAUUUGUUUAAUUCCUCUUUGUUUUCCUUUCCUUCCUUUUACAACCGAUGUUGUUUCACGGCUACGACCCUCGGGAUCGUAACAACUGGUAUCCGAGCCCACAACUGGACCUUUCUCCGGUGGGUUACGGCAGUGGGAUCUCCGGCGGCGGGUAUUACAGCGCUCCUUAUCAUCCUUACGGUAGCUCUACCUGUGAGUUUACCCAAUUUUCAUCGCAACCAAACCCUUACCCACCAUUGCAACUCAACCCUUCCGCAACCAUCAUCAAUGGCCACCUGUUCCCUCAUCAAUUUCCAUGUGUUGCUCAACAGCCACUCACCACCAC